AUGCUGGCAGGUUCUGAAGCUCAUCGGGUACUGACAGAAGUUGUGUUUGAGAAGAGAUGGCUGACUCAAGUGAAGAAGUUUAUAAACUUCAGAUCUACAUCAGACUUGGAAAACUUCCAAAAUCACAUCUUGAUGUAUGCGGCAAAGCGCAUGUCCUACACAUUGGACAUUUAUAGAGCAACUUGCCUUGCUGCCAUAGACUACAAUAAACACAACCGACGCAGGCCUGCACGCAACAAGGAAGGACAGAAAAUGUACCGAAAGUCUUACAACAAAAAGUCAACAACAUGGAGUGCAUACGAAAUGAAAGAAAAGAAAACCUACUCCUACAUCCCAGAGAUUCAAAAGGCCAUCCUUGCUGUGAGGCUGCAAAGUGAGCUUGCAGCCUUCUUUGAUCGUCAGAAGUCAGGUCGUGUAGUUCUCCUCCCCCCGCGACCUCGACUUCUUGCUCCGGUCUUGGGCCUCGCACCGCCAGCACCCAUGGCUUGA